AUGGACAUCAGCCGGAACAGGCCGAGCCGAGCGCAGGCACAGAGGCGAGCUUGCACCGAAAAAUUCGACCCACGCCUUCCCUCGUCGGUGAAAUCCUGCGCCGGGCUCGAAAGCAAUCGGACUCCAGACCCGGGCCAAGCUUUCCGUUCACGAGAAGGUUUGGUAAGACCCAUUCCCGAGUCCCGAGUCCCGACCCGGCCCCAAAGAAACGGGUGCCCUGUCUAUGGGUCGACCACGAGGGCAUCUUCGUCGGACAUUCGGCUGAGAUCCAAGUCCAGCAGCAUCCCCCGCCCACCGCAACCGAACGGAACCGCGCCUGCUACCACAGUAGCAGGCGGACUCACCGAGUUCGACAGGAGUCCGACAAGAACACGACCCGCGCCACUUCGACACGGGCGAAGCUCCUCGGGAACGGAACGGGAGCCGCGCAUCUCCUCGAGCUCCAACGUCUCCGGACGUCGAAUGGCAGCGGCGAGGAAGAAAUCCAGCCCAAGGGAUGGGAAUAUGCCAUCGAGCCGUAUUCGGAGCUCGAGGCUCCCCCAAUAA